UGACGUCAGUCCGUCAGUAGUACGCACAGUGCAGCAGUAAACGGCGAGGACACAGCCAUCCGAGCAUCUACUGCCACACGGAAAGAUAAGUGCCACGGACAAACCGGGAGAUAAACGGAGGCACGCGACUGCCGCAUUACUUAGGGAGAUUGAACAUCUCAGACAUGGGAAACGCUGUGCCAAGCGGGCUGCCAUAACUGAUCCGACCUGCGCUGCAUAACGUAGGCUACCAGAGGCUGAAUGAAUAACCAUGGCAACAGCAGCAGCAGUACAAGCGGUGAGCAGCUUAUGCCUAAACCAAUAUAAACACUGAGUGAUCAAGUCAUCCUCUCGCCGGUCGCUCAAACGUUCGUCUCAAACAGUAAAGCGAAAACGCAGAACUCAAUGACAGGAGGGAAGUGACUUGGAGUGAAAGUGGAGAUCAUUGCGUAGAGGUGUCGCACCACAGCCUUGUGGCAGGCAUACAUGGUCGUCUCUCACGUGACGUUAUCCAUCAAAUGGAUAUAUAGCCAGGCCCACUCACACACAAUAAGGGCCCCGGACAGUGAACCCAAGAACAGCUGUACAAACAUCUCCCUAAUAAGGCAGUGACCGAUAUCUGCCUGUAGGGGUGCGGGAGUGAAGGUUGCCCAUGUCCAACUACAACUGGCUUGCCUCAGUAGCACUAGACGCACAGAGUUGUCUUUCACUACACUGAAAUGAUCUACGCUAUGCCAUUACCACAAGGUGAUGGAAUAGAUCAUGUCUGAAGUCCAGGGGACCGUGGAGUUUUCAGUGGAGCUGCAUAAAUUUCACAAUGUGGAUCUAUUUCAGCGUGGAUUCUACCAGGUGCGCGUCAGAUUAAAGGUCUCACCUCGAGUGCCACACAGGUUGAUAGUGACAACACCUGGAAACACAGGAGAAUGCAGCUUCAGCGCGGCAGGGGUCCACGAUGGCGGCGUCUUCAGCAGAAUAUUCCAGAUCCUCUAUCGGAACGAGGAGAUCAACCUCAACGACAUCAUGAACUUCAGAGUGCACCUUCUGUUGGAUGGAGAGAGGGUGGAGGAGGCCCUAAGCGAAGUGGACUUCCAGCUGAAGCUCGACCUGCACUUUACUGACACUGAGCAACAGCUGGGGGACAUUGCGGCGGUACCCCUGAUCAGCACCAGGACGCUGGGUCUGCACCUCCAGCCCUGCCGCGGCCUCCACCACCACGUGCCCGUCAUGUUCGACUACUUCCACCUGUCCGUCAUCUCCGUCACCGUCCACGCCUCUCUGGUCGCACUCCACCAGCCACUCAUCAGUUUUGCGCGCUCAGGAAGAGGGGCCUGGAUGGGGAAGGGCUCUCCAGAGAACAGCAGCGACGCUUCCACUAUGUCCAUGGAGAACCUGAUGUUUGGGGCUGGAUACUGCAAGCCAGUCCUCACAGAGGGGAGUUUUUACGUGCCGUCGGAGAACUGCCUACAGAAGGCUCACACGUGGCAUCGGAGACUGUGCCGCCUGCUGCUCCUGGCACACCGAGGCCUGCGGACCCACCACGCCUCCCUCACCAAGGCCUGCCCCGAGCUCCCUCCACUGGACGCCGAGGAACUUCCCAUUGAGGAGACCCUGAAUCAACUCUCAAUAGAGCUGCAGCUCCAGGGUGGCCAUGAGAAAGUGGCCGAGCAGAUAAGCAGAGACAUGUCCCAACUGUGUGCCCACCUGGCGGCUCUGUGGGCCCAGUUUCUGGAGGCGGUGGUGCCCAACGCCCUGGUACUGGCGCAGCUUACACAGGAGCACCACACACUGCGGGUCAGACGUUUCUCUGAGGCCUACUUCUUCACUGAACACCCAAAGGAGUUGUCUCUAACCUUCCAGGAAGAUCUGAUAAACAGACACAGCCAGGUAGCAGGGGAGGUGCGGAGCUCAGACUACCUGACCAGGAUGCCACCGCUGCCGGUGGAGUGCCUGGACAUCGACGGGGACUGGAACAGCUUGCCCAUCAUCUUUGAAGACAGAUAUGUGGAGUGUCCAAGAGUGGAGUGGAAACCACAAGUGCCAACACCACACGACACCGACAAGCCUCCAGCGCCCGCUGAUUCUCCAACUGCUGCUGCCAACGGCGAUGCCCGUCUGCGAGCUGUGCAGGGCAGUGACUUACCUGAUGCUUCUGAGGAGCGGCCAGAGACCGAGGACUGCACAGACCUGCUCACCGAUAUCUGCCCGAUAGGACAAGAGACGGACACUGAAGUGUGUGAACCUUGUGGGGACCAUGCAGGGAACCAGGUUUGCGGGGACCAAACUGACCUGACUUGUGGGGACAUUACGCCACCGUUGUCUUACACACUGGAAGAACAGGAUGAGGCAGAGACAGAGUUGGAGAGGGAUGUAGAGCAACCUGACAGCCCCAAGACAGGCCUUAGGUGUACCAGUGUCAGGCCCAGCGAAGUCUGUCACACUGUCCACAUCAUCCAGCCUGACCAAACAUGCCCAGAGCUCCGAAAUGCUAUCAUCCCAGAGAGUGUACAUACAUCAUGGGAGGAGGACCCCAGAGCCAAAAUAGAUCCGUCCUUUCCUGAGAAAGACCAGCCUGAGAGAUUGGAUUUAGAGGAUGGGGACAUAAUCAACCGUUCUCUUGAGCCACACACAAAGGAUAUUGGGAAUGACGAGAGUGACGAGGGGGACAGUGUGAUUGACACCCUGCCGAUCCAAUCCAUGACUCAAGCCCCACCCACCGUCCAACCCACCACGCCUCCGCUGUACCCUGAUAGGCGGAGAGCAGAGGACCGCCUCCAGCUUGGGGACUCCAAGAUCAUGAAGCGCUCCUCGUCCGUCAUCUCGGACUCGGGCAUCGAGAGCGAGCCCAGCUCGGUUGCCUGGUCGUCCGAGGCACGGGUGGGCCGGAGUGGGGGGGAGGCCGUGCUCCUGCUCCAGCAGGCCGGCGUGAGGGGGGGUCACCGGGCGGGUCACCCGGGCUCCCUGGAGGGCCUGCAGACGGAGAGCCACGGCAGCCUGCCCAGUGGCACGCAGGCCUCGCUCACCUCCAUCAGCUCACUGCCCUACGAGGAGGACGACGCCAGGCGGACGCUCAACACACUCACCAAGUCGGCCUCGGCACCACAUAUCAGCAGCCCGGACGACACCGAGGAUGACCCGGAGGCGCUGGACAGCGAAACGGAAGAGUUUGAGGCCGGGAUGGACGUUGAACGGCAGGACAAUGAAGAGAGGGAGGAGGAAGGGACGAGCGAGGCAACGCCGGACGAAGGAAGCGAACCCACCAAAGAAAGAGGAAACUGCCCAGUGAGCAUGGAGCCUUCUCUCUUACCCCUAUGGGACCAACUGGAUGGGGGUCUGCUGGACGAUACCCACUUAGCAUGGAGUGUAAACCCAGUGCAAACAGAUGAACUUGAUUCCAAAGACACAGCCCCGAGUCCUGAUGAUGCAGGAGAGUUUCAAGGCCAGAUUGACUUGGACGCAAUGUCAAUAUUAAGCACUGUCCCUGAAGAACUGAUGUUCCAGCACUUUAUGUCAGGGCAGGGGACUCAGGAGGCUAAGAUAGCAACUGAGGAGUGUUUGGAAGAUUCUAGUGCAUUUGAUGCAGAGGUGGAACUCUGUGAGUGUGAAACGGAGGUGUGUGAGCAUAAGGUGGUACUGGAUUUAACAGCAUCUACAGACGGUGUUAGUGAUAACAGUUCACAGGCACAGUUUUCAGAGAAAAAUCAGAAUUUUCCGGAACAGCACCUGAUUUCACUUGGAAAAAGAGCUGAUGGCUUCUUACCUAUGGCAGAUGAAACUGACCUUGGCAGUGAUCUCAAAGACGUGACGUCCAGUGAUCUUGCAGAGCUCGCGUCUAAUGAGAGACAGAGGUGCAGUGACCUCAUAGGUCUGGCCAGCCGUACUGCCAGGGAGGCCCAACAGGCGGAUGGGGGAGACAAAGCGACCACAUCUCCCAGCUCCGGCUUGUCCUUUGUGAACAAGAAGGUGGUGGAGGUGGUCAACAUGUCCGUGUCCUGCGCCCCCACCUGCCUGCCCUUCUCCUCAGUGCUAAGAGACUCGCCCUCCAUCAGCGGCAUCUCGGCGCGGCAGGCGACCUCUCCCAUUACCCAUCAGCCCCUGGGCUCCUUCACCAUCCUCUCGUCCACCAUGACGUCGGAGAGCUCAGACGAAGAGACCAAUGAGCGGAUGCUCUAUUUCUACAAGGCUAAAGAGGAUCUGCUGAAAGAGCUGAACUUCCAGGCCACGCUCUACAGUGACCUGCCCCACCUGGCCUCUCAUCUGCCCUACUUUCCCCCAGAGGAGGAUGAGGAGGAGUUUGAGGACGGCAUCCAUCUUGUUGUUUGUGUUCACGGCCUUGAUGGCAACAGUGCAGACCUGCGUCUGGUGAAGACCUUCAUAGAGCUGGGCUUGCCAGGAUCCCGCCUGGACUUCCUCAUGUCAGAACGCAACCAGACGGACACGUUUGCAGACUUUGACACAAUGACAGACAGACUUCUAGAUGAAAUCAUUCAGCAUAUUCAGCUCUACAAUCUCACCAUCAACAGGAUCAGUUUCAUUGGACACUCCCUGGGCAAUGUGAUCAUCCGCUCAGUUCUGACGAGGCCCCGGUUCCGAUGCUACCUAUGCAAACUCCACACGUUCCUCUCCCUCUCCGGGCCUCACCUAGGAACCCUGUACAACAACAGCACGCUCGUUAGCACAGGCCUGUGGCUGAUGCAGAAGCUCAAGAAAUCUGGCUCCCUCCUCCAGCUCACGUUUCGAGAUCACACCGACCCACGCAAAACCUUCCUCUACCUUCUCAGCCAGAAACCAGGACUCCAGUUUUUCAAAAACGUGGUGCUGGUGGCGUCUCCCCAGGACCGCUACGUUCCAUUCCACUCCGCUCGCAUCGAGAUGUGCAGAACUGCUCUCCGGGACCGCACGACAGGCCCCGUCUACACAGAGAUGAUCAACAACCUGCUGCAGCCACUGCUGGGCUCCAAGGACUGCCGCCUCAUCCGACACAACGUGUUCCACGCACUGCCCAACACCGCCAACACGCUCAUCGGCCGCGCCGCCCAUAUCGCCGUCCUUGACUCUGAGCUCUUUCUGGAAAAGUUUUUCCUGGUGGCCGGGCUCGACUACUUCAAAUAGACACACGCCAACCAGGUUCUGUUCGGUCAGAGCUGCUCUCUGCUGGGUCUAUAGUGCUCAGUAUUCAAACGCCAAGUGGUAAAUAAAAUAAAAUGAAGUGUGUAUUAUAUGGUAAAUAUUAUGGUAUACAGUAUAUGAGGUUCCAAUUGUUAUUUAUUUGAUUUAUGUUCAAGUCGAAUACCCAAGGCCUACACCAUCUGACGAGAAACUCCAUAACAAAUGAUGUCACUGAGACUUGAUGGGUAGGCUAGCUGUAACCAUAUUCGAUACUGAUGUCUGCCUUUAUACUAUUAACUUAUUAACUCUGUCACAUCAUCACGGUUACUAUUUAUUAUGAAGAAAUGCAUGGUUUCUCAGAGUUCUAGAAAGGGCAUAAAGAGCCUUAGGCUAUGAAGCACUACCAAACUGUAUUUACGAUCAACACCAUUUAGCGCUCUUGCCAUUUAUGACUUGAAGUCAAAGCCACUGGGUGUCAUUCUACUUGAAGGAGAAAGUUCUAGAAGUGUUUUGAGGAGAGGAAUGAUCCUCUCUGUACUGUACAUUUUAUUAUAUACGAUAUACAUUUUAGCCCACAGAUGUCUGUGGGAAUAUUUUUACCAUAUGAGAAAACAACUGAACACUUCUCUCUGAGAAGGAACAUAAUUUUAUUUUUUAUCGACUCAUGUACGUUUCGUGCUGUACAUAUAUGAUUUCAUGUAAUUGUGACGGCUUGAAUUCAUAUCUCCAACAGACCAAAUCAGGAUAGUGUUCCAUUUUGUGUGUGUCUUCCUAUCCUAACUUGUGGUAACACGUUGACGUUAAAGCAGAUCUAAUGAAGUUUCUGUGUGUUUCAGUGUAAUCGACUGUCAUGUCUCAACUCGGUUAGUUCAAAAUGCUAACCACAUAUUGCCUUAAUUGUCUAACAAAGGCUUAACACAGUACUACUGCGUCCUAUUAUUUAACGUUUUAAAAACAUUACAUUACAUGUGUUGUAAUGUUUAACCACUGACUGCAUUUAUUUACUACUGACAUUUGAUUAAUGAAUCAUGCAAACCAUUUGGUAACGUUGAAACCACUAUGUAAGUAUUGGCCUCUGUUUAUUUAUGUAUGCCUCUUUGUUUUUAUGAAUUAUUUUGUGUGUGUGUGUGUGUGUGUGUGGUGGUGUGGGGGGGGGGGGGGUGUAGGGGGGUAUGGGUGUGUGGGUCCCCCUCAUUUGAUGAUCAUUUUGAUCUCCCAAUUCAACUCCCAGCUUUUACUCAAAAGUGACAUGCAUACAGUACAUCUCGAAAGAUCUCAUUCUCAGAUUGAAGGAUCCUACAAUGGCCUACAAAGUAACUUGAUUUUACUAGAACGUUUGUUUGCUUUAGAAAUGAUUUUUGGAAUAGGUACAUGUAUAAUGUAUCAUUUAACUGUAAUAUGUAUCUAUUGUUUGAUUAUCAAUAUCUGUUAUGUGGUCUGAAAUACCACUGCCACAAUUGCCCUUACUUUGUUAACUCUGGGGUUUUGCAAGCCAUUACCUUUGCUUACUGUCCUUGAAAACCAGAGUGACAUGGGUAGAAAAAAGGAAAACAUACAGUGACAAAUGGAAGUGCUCUUUCAUUGGCAAAAUGGCUUUCUGCUCUCGCUGUCACUCAUUUGUUGUGGUCAUUGUUUGUUUCUUUGUUUGUUUUGCGGUGACACCGCACCAUGCGCAGGGUGUCAUUGCAUGAAUGACUGCAAUUAAAUGACCAACCUCAGGGCUAUGGAGCCCGGUGUCGUUUGGCACUAGAGUAAGCAAGUCUUCGCCGGCUGACAGCCACCGCAUCAUUUUCCCAAUGACCCCUUGCCAAAGUGACCCCUGCAUCAUACCCCCCCCCCCCCCCCCACCCACACACAUCUUCUUCGUCCCUCCUUUAGGUACAUUUCUCCACCCAUCCCCCCGGUCUCUUGUGUGCAGUGUGUUUGCAUUGCUGACUUUGUGGGUGAGGUGAGACGGGUGUUGUUUACCUUUGCUCUCCAGCAUAGCAAUGAGGCAGGUGUUUGCCAAUCUGGUCAAGGUCAGGCAAGGACACGUGCGAUAUUACUUCGGUGCACUCUGAAGGACCCUCCAACACUUACACACACACUCACUCAUAUGCUGAACAGAAACUCGCCUUCGUAGUGGUGGCAUUUUAGUUCAGUGGUUCCAAACCAGUGGCUCACCCAAUAUGUGAAGUAUUUCUGCAAAAAAAGAAACAUAGAUGUUUGGGGCUGUGCUUCUUAAGUAUUUGUGGAAUGGCAAGAGCCAGCCAGAGAAGGCAUCUGUUAAAAUACUAUUAUCUGGAAGACUUUCUUCUUUACUGUUGAAUUGAGGUAUUUAGGGGUCUGGUACUUUAUACUGGUUGAACACUGCUUGUAAUCAACGUGAUUUAUUACAAAAGUAUUGCUUUGAUUGGUUGAUAGCAGGGGAGUGAGUGGAAUACAUAUGGCUAGGCAUUGGUCUACUUCAUGUUGGAUUACUAACAUCAUCAGGGUUUAGUCUGUGAUGAUGGUUGGGGAGCUGUACUGUAUGUUAUCCCCUGUUUCACACAUAUCAUGAAUUACAAUUACAUUGAGUGCACUCAAUCUCGACAGUAUACUUAAUGUGCUGGGUGGCUGGUUGCACUUUCCCCGAACUGUGUGAUGUUUAAACAGGUUUUGUAUUUUGUUGUUAGAUUUUAGAUCAGUUUGACACUUUGCCCAGCUGAGUUUUUGAAGGAUUUAUUGUUUCAGUAAUUUAUUAUGUAUGUAGAACAGUCAUUUUGUGUAUGCGAGUGUGUAUGUAUGAUAGAGAGAGAGAGAGUGUGUGUGUUGGCCCCUCAGGCAGCUUUUUUGUCAUAUGUGACAUGCACUGUUAGCGAAGUGCGAUCUGAUCCUUAAUUUGACUACUGUUGCCUCCCAGCCAUCAUUGUGUGGUCAUCUGACAUAAUCCCUUCUGUAUCAAAUCAUGAAUGUAAAAAAUAAAAAAAAUAAAUGAAGUCACUGUGA